AUGUACAAAUCCAUUUUAUUUAUUCUUGUUUUGAUCUUAUCAACUUGUUCUGCAAGUUUUAAAAGAAGUAUUUACGCUGGACGUGCUACUUGGUUUGAUACUUCUGUUGGCAUAGGUGCAUGUGGUCAACAAAGCUCCAAUUCAGAACACAUCGUCGCACUUAAUUCUGCUCAAUACCACUCAGGAUCUCACUGUUACUCAAAGAUCAAGAUUCAUAAUAAAAAAACAGGUGCUACAAUCGUAGCCAGGAUCUUGGACGAAUGUCCUACUUGUGAUUGGGGAGACUUAGAUCUAACUCCUGAUACUUUUAAAGCAAUUGCUAAUUUAGAUGAUGGUAUUGCAGAGAUUCGAUGGUAUUUUAUGUGA